UAGAAAAUGAGCCUUUUCCUCCUGUUCCUACAAGGGGAAGGAUGGACCUGAUUUGGAACUGUCUUUUGCCCAUUCUCAUCAUGGAGCCACAGUGGAAAUAUCUGGCAGAACACGAUCCCCAGUAUGAAGGUGGGAAAAAACUCAAAUUGGAAGGCAAGGACCUCUUGUCUGUCCCUCGCCGGCUGUUUGCACUGGAAGGAUUAAGGAUUUUGGAGAUGAGCCCAGAGCGAGAGAGCUGCCUCAAGUACCAGAUGACUCUCGUCCCUCGUGAAAUUGGUCACUUGAGGAACUUAACCUUGCUCUACCUGGACUCUAACAACUUAAAAAAAGUUCCUAUUGAGAUUGGCAGUUUGACCAAGUUAGAAAGGCUCACCCUUAGCAGCAACAGCUUAAUUUCUCUGCCUGAAGAAAUAGGAUGUCUCCAGAGACUUCGCAGCCUGCAUCUAGCAAACAACUGCCUGGCAGAACUUCCAGCACCUGUUUGUCAGCUGAGGAACCUGGUUUUCUUAGAUGCAACUGAUAAUCACAUUCACACCAUCCCAGAUGCCAUUUGCCAGCUACAGAAACUGGAGACUCUGCUUCUGCUUUACAAUUCUCUCAAAUGUUUGCCCAGAGGACUCUGCUCUUUAAAGGUCCUCAGCACCCUCUGGGUUGGUCACAACAAGCUAACGGAGCUUCCUUCAGACUUUGGUCAACUGGUUAAUUUGGACUGGGGUAACAACAAUUGCUCAGGCAAUUUUGAAGGAAAUCCGUUGAAGCACCCACCCCCUGAAGUAUGCAGUGGGGGACCUGCUGAGAUCAGAAACUAUUUUGCCUCUCAAAGGAGAUAAAAAUAUAGGGCUGUGAAUGUGAUGGGGAGGGGGGAGGAGAAAUGCAUUCCAUUUCCCGGAAGGAGACAUGUUAUAGUUUUGGGUUUAUAUGGUUGAUAGUCCAGCUUCUAUGGAAGAAUGACUGUGCAGUUUUCUUUCCAUUUUAAAAUAAAUUGAGAUGUCUAUAACGGUGGGAGAGGUGGUAGGAAAGAGAAGAAGAGGUGAAUGGUCUUAGCUGCAGUGGCAGUAGAUGCAACAUUGGAAGAUUUGGAAGGCCAGGUUGGGGACAGAUCCUCCAGGAGAAAAAUCCAUCUUUGAGGUCACUACGAGUCAACACAGACUUGAUGACUAUUCAUGAAAUGGGUGCAGGGUCCUUAUGUUGUUGAGAAGAUAGUCAUGGAAAGUAAGAAUGUCCUGGCUUUUAUUAUUAUACAACCUUCUCUCUAAGAGUUUACAGCCUGCUGGUUUCCCAUGCUCCCAUUAAAUCUUUAGGGUGAGGAAAUGUUGGGAAGUGUGGGAAGCCAGGGAGGCAGUAGAGUGAGAUGAAACAGGGAAAGCAACAAUCACAGGAUCGGCACCUUCUGUCCCUUAAAUUUCCUUUUUAAAAACCUUGUGAGAAUGAAGUGGUAAAACCAGGUAUCUUUUAUGCA